AUGACUGCCGCAGUGGAUAUCACGCCCAGUGGCAGCUCUGAUAACCCGACCAAUCACGGUGGUGAAAGGGAUGGCCACCACCAGCCGCCAGCUCCGAUAGACGGCGGUACUCGGGCCUGGCUUCACGCCUUCCUGUGCCACAUGGUCUUCUUCAACACCUGGGGCAUCACCAACAGCUACGGCGUCUUCCAGCAAUACUACACGCACACUCUGGGGGUGGGUCCAAGCAGCAUAGCGUGGGUCGGCGGGCUGCAGAUGUUCCUCCUCCUGGGCGGCGGCGUGCUCUCCGGGCGCGCGUCCGACGCGGGCUACUUUCGGCACUGCCUGUUCGCCGGGGCCUUCCUGCAGGUCAUCGGCUUCGUACUCCUGUCGUUCGCCGACCGGUACUACCAGGUGCUGCUGAGCCAAGGCGUAUGCGUCGGCCUCGGCCACGGGCUCCUCUUCACGCCGUCCCUCUCGGUGACGAGUUCGUACUUCAAGGCCAACCGGGCGCUGGCCCUGGGCAUCUCGGCGGCCGGGGCCUCUACCGGCGGCAUGGUCUACCCGGCCGUGGUCAGCCAGCUCCUCGGCAACCCGGCCGUCGGGUACGGGUGGGCCAUGCGCGCCGUCGCGCUCAUCGUACUCUGUACCCACAUCCCGUCCCUGGUGGGGUUCCGGUCCCAUCUCCCUAAGCGUACGGGGAGGCAGCUCAUCGACUGGCAGGCGUUCCGCGAGGGACCCUUUGUCUGCUUCACCAUCGGCUUCUUCCUCCACUUCUGGGGCCUGUACAUGGCCUUCUUCUACCUCGGCAUCUACGCCAGGCAGACGCUCCACGUGGAGGACACGCUGAGCCUCAUCACCAUCAUCAACGGCGUGGGCGUUGCCGGCCGCGUCGUGCCCAACAUGAUCAGCCAGCGCACCAUCGGUACCCUCAACAUGGCCAUACUCUUCUCCGUCGCCUGCAGCGCGUGCGUCUACUGCUGGGCCGCCAUCCGCAGCACGGCCGGGCUGUACGCCUGGGUCGUCGUGUACGGCAUCUCCUCCGGCGCGAUGCAGUCCCUCAUGCCCACGCUCGCCACCAGCCAGGCUCACGAGCCUGACAAGGUGGGCACCUGGACGGGAAUGGUCUUGACCAUCGUCAGCUUUGCCACGCUUACCGGUCCGUCCAUCCAGGGCGCCCUGAUACAGGGGGAUGGCGGUCGAUACCUGUGGGCUGAGGUAUUCUCGGCCUCUUCCAUCGUUCUCGGCUGCAUGUUCCUCGUCGCCAGUCGGUGCUACAGCGUCGGACCUGUAUUUGCUGCCAAGAUAUGA